AUGACGAAGCUGUCUGCUGGACAGGUGGGAAAGCUUGUUUGUGACUCUUUUGGCGAGUUACUGAGUAAGAACCUUGACAUCAAACCCAUUGUCCGCGCACACGAGAUUGUGUCAGCGAGUAUGAAAACGGUUGACCCAUCCAUGGCGUUGUACGUCUUUGGCUCAACGGCAGUGUAUGGGUUUCACGAAAGCGGUUGCGAUGUCGACUUUGUAGCUCUCAGCAGUCAGGAUGUGGUGGAUGGCAAGGGUGCGGACCCGUCAUCCGAGCUGGCCAAGAACCUGCAGGUGGACUUUCUCAGCCGCCUCCAGACUUCCCUGCGCGAGAUGCACAAUUUGACAUGGCAGGUAGAUCUGGUGCGGCGAACUCGCGUGCCGGUCUUACGGGUGAAAGGGGGCCCUUGCGGGAUCGAUUUCGAUGUUACGGCGAGGAGGCGCAAUGGAGUACGCAACAGCGCGCUACUGCGUGCGUACUUCGCGCAGCAACCUGCCACUCGAUGGUUGAGUAUGGCAAUAAAACAAUGGAGCAAGCGUGCGGGAUUUAACAUGAGUGUCGAUGGUGGGUGUCUUACCUCUUAUGGAUGCAACUUGAUGGUGGUAUUCUAUCUCCUGCAGCGCCGGCUGGUAGAAUUUGUCGAGCCGGAAAGAUGCGAUGUAGCGCAUAUUGCUCCACUGCCCUCGUAUCUUCCGCUGGAACUUCCUACACAGAAUGGCUGUGAGCUUGGAGACAUGGUAUUGGAUUUCUUGAAUUUUUAUCUUCACGAGUUCAACGCGGACACCGAAGUUAUUACCUUAAGCAGGACUGAGAAGACAACUAAGGAGAUGUUGCAUUGGACGAAGCAGGCGGAAGACAUGGCGCGUAUUUGUGGGGAGAAGGUGAACUAUCGCUGGUGCAUCGAGGAUCCGUUUGAGCACAACUUAAACGUGGGCCGCUAUGUGACGCCAUUUAAACUGACGUUACUGCGGAAGCAUAUGGAGCGGGCCAAGGAAACGGCACUACUACUAAACACAACGGAACCUGCCUUUAGAGAACCCCUGUGA